AUGAAGACUGAAAUUGAUUAUGGUCCCAACUUAAAUGACUUGAAGGCAAAGGCUUGGGAUCUUCAGGUACCGCCUAAAAUCAAACACUUUUUCUGGCAUAUCGCAUCGGGCUCUCUUCUGGUGCUGGUGCAAUUAGCUUCUUGGGGAGUUAAUUGUGAUACGGUAUGUAAGCGAUGUGACUUAGAGGAAGAGUCUAUUAAUCAUACUUUAUUUGAGUGUCCUCUUUCCCGCCAGAUUUGGGAGAGGAUUUUUGAUGGCUCAGACACGGACAAGCUCCUGUCUGGUUCGAUUUAUUCAAACUUGGACUUCAUAUAUGGCAAAAGUUUAACCCCUAUGGCUUUAGGCGUUACUCAUAGUUCGAUACCGUGGCUAGUCUGGUUCUUAUGGAAGGAUAGGAAUAAAAAAGUUUUCCAAGGGUUACAAUCAGAGCCAAUAGAUAUCAUUAUUCACGCUUUACGUGAACAAUUGUGGUGGGAGGAAGCCCAAAUAGAUCCAAGGAUUGAUUCCGUUAUGACGGAUUCCUCGCAUGAUCCGGAGUUGUUAAUUCAUAGUCAAGUUGAUGGUUGGUGGAAAGCUACAGAAACACAUUCAGGUUUAGGAUGGUGGUGUGGUGAUGGUGAGAAUCAGACUUUGGUUAUGGGCGCCAGAUGUCAACGUCGCAGUGCAUCCCCUCUCCAUUCAGAGCUUGAAGCAUUGUUGUGGGCGAUGGAGUGUAUCCUUUCCAGAAGGAUUAAUUGUCGGAGGUUCGAGACAGAUUCUGCAGAGUUACUUUCGAUGGUGCAAGCUCCGGAGGAAUGGCCGGCUUUCUCAACGCUUCUUGAUGAGUUCCAGGUGCUUAGUGUCUCCUUGCCUCCUUUUACCCUUUCCAAGGUCCCAAGUGUCUCCUUGCCUCCUUUUACCCUUUCCAAGGUCCCAAGUGUCUCCUUGCCUCCUUUUACCCUUUCCAAGGUUCUUCUAGAUUAUUAUUAUCAGAUACCAUUUUUGUAA